AACACAUGCUGAUAAGGCAUGCGUAGUGACAGAUUCGGACUUCUGACUGACAGAAAAAUACAAGAAGAUGGUGAAGUUAGGAUUAUGUAUAUUUAUUUUUUUGAUAUUUGAAAAGUUUCUUGUGAUAAAUGGAGCAACCCAUUGGGUAGUCACAGAGACUGGAAGAAUUCAAGCAUAUUUAGAGUCACCCUUUAACUUACGAAGACCGUAUGAUCUUCUGGCUUUGUUAGACCAAGAAACCAGGAAUAAUGACAUCAAUAAACUCUAUAGCGAUCUCAUAACUCGUAAGCAGAUUAUUGAAAAAAAAUGGUCUUCCCUAGAAGGAAAUUCAAAUGUAGGAGCUAAGAUAACCUCUCAGGACCCAGACUGUUUAACGGCUGGGAAGUUAUUUUCAGAUAUUGACUUGUAUGCUAAUAUUGCUACCAAUGGCACUGACAGGAAAGGAAUUUCUAUAGAUUUUUCAAAAAGGAGCGAUGUGUAUAAAUGGUAUGAGGAGCCGCAUUGCAGCAAAUUCAGCAGACUUAAUAAAAAAUAUUCAAGCUUGCCAGAAAUGGAGAACAAAACCAAUAUUAAUAUAACUCCAGAUGAAUCUUUAAACCAGUUUAUACCUGUGGAAACUGUGGAGGUUUUCGGACAUGAAAUUGCAGUGGCUCUGAAGAAAAACACUAGUUCUUGGCUGCAUUACAAUUUAGCUGCAAUUUAUUGGAGGAUUAAAGGUGAUGGAAGUAAAGCCGUGGACUGUAUCAAGAGAGCAGUUCAAUAUGUACCUAGGGAAUACCAAGAUAUUCCACUGCACAAUCUGGCAGGGAUUCUCCACCAAGCUAGACAUUCCAGAGAGGCGGCGCUAAUGUUGCACAGCGCAAUCGAAACUGCCCCGAAUCAAGCGAUACAUUACCUGGCCAUAGGAAAUGUAUAUGCUGCUCUAGGUGACUACAAUAAAUCAGUGACUUAUUACGAUAAAUUUCUUGAAAUAAAGCCUGGGCAGAAAGAUGUUGUAGCCAACAAGCAUGCCACUCUUUGUUAUUGGAAAUUGGAGAAUGGACUGAUUAGUUUUCAAGAAUCUCUGCAAGGGAUUCUAUCAGAUCUACAUGACUUCCACAGCCAGCAGCAGCAGUGGCUGAGAUUGCAGGAGCGACUGAUGUGGGAACAUGCCUCUUUUGAAUACCAAUACGAAGGCCUCCAUCAUGACACUGUGGAUAGUGGACCAACUGAGAGGAAGAUUCAAAGAUGUGUACAGAAGACAUCUGACAAUUCCAAAGCGAUAAUCUCGUGCGAUUCUUACAAUCACGCACCAGAUGUGGAUCAUUUGAAUUUGCAGAAUUUGUUCCAAUACGUGGAAAAUGAGAAGCAGAAAAUUAAUGACCAGAUAAGUAGAGCGAUAGAGGAGAAAACCAACAGGCAGGAUGAGACAAAUGAAGAGAAGAAGAACCACAUCAAAACUCCUCCUGUGCUGUAUCCAAAAUUUCCAACUACCAUGCCAACGUCAAGUAACCAGUAUUUCGAUAGUACGGGCUGGCCGAUGAAGGAAGAGUGUCUAAGGUGGAAUUUACCAGUGGAACAGCCAGAUGACCUAAAUUUGCCACUGUUUUUACCUCCAGAAAAUAAGGGAUACCAGAUAAAGAAAAUAUUGUCGGAAUACAUAGGCUUGGAGGAGGGAUCACAGCACGAGUUGCCCUGGUACCCUCCACUCUGUGACUACCCAAAUGUUUUCGGUGAUAAGUAUGUGCCAUCUACCGAACGUCACGUUUUGAACACCGAGAUAAAGAGCAAUGAUUAUCUGAGGAAUCAUCUCUUGAAGUAUGUUAACGAUGGAAAAGCCGACGAAGCAGAAAUUGGGCAAAGAAUAAUUACUGCAAUGGAGAAAAAAAGUGCGCCGAGAUGGGUUCUUGCCACCCUAGCAAGUUUGUACUGGCGUGUGCGAGGAAACUCUAGGCGAGCACUGGACUGCCUGGACCUUGCUUUCCAGAUAGUCCCCAAAGACCCGACAGACGUCGUUCUGGUCUCUAUAGGUUCGUUGGUGUAUCAGUUGGGCUUCGCAGAGCAAGCCAUGAAAUUCGCCACUUUGGCUUUUAAAAUCAAUUACGUGGAGCCGAGCACAAAUUUCCUCCUGGCGAUUCUCCAUUAUACAAAUAAUAACCCGCUUCUUGCUAUGUACUACAUGAAGAACGUGCUCCGGGUCGAUCCUGAGUAUUACGACGGACAAGCGGAGAUUCUGCUGAAAACUUGGGGGUGCAGAAUAAAGUUGGGAUCGUACAGUCCGGUAAAGGAGAAUGGUGAAGUGCACAGUAAGGAGGUGUGCGAUAAUAAGGAGUCGUUUAAGACGGAGGGCGUCGUUUGUUCUUUGAGUGGUGAUCAGUGUAAAAAUGCUGCCAUUGCUUGUUAUAAAAAGAAUGAUGAAGAAUCUCGAGCCAGACCGGUGAUAAAACAGACCAUUGAGGCUUGUGGCGGUGCGAAACGCUCAAAUUUGGGGCAGACUAUAAUAUCCUCUCUGCUGGCUGCUGAGGGAUCUGGAGACACAGAACCCGAUCAGUCCAGAUUAGAGAGAAUGACUGACAUUCCAAGGCAACCCAAUGUGCAACAUUCUGAAUCAGCGCAUGCUCUUCACAUGAGGCUGUCAUUGGGGGAGGAACAUCCGACGCAUGAACAUGCUGGACUUGGAGAUUUUUAUGUUUCAGUAGCUCUGACUGAAGAUCCCAAUUCAGAAAACCUCCUUCACGUCUACGACAAGUAUGGUACUUAUACAUUGUCUGCUUCUGGCUGUAAAAACAUCAAAAUUAUACACAAGUUCAAAUACUCCUCUGUUUGGCCCUCUAUAGUCGCCAGAAGUUUAGAUCUCACUUCCUAUCUCAAACCCAAAUUUGAUAAAAACGACAAUAGAGCUUACAAUCCGCACUGUCUUGAGGUACCAGAAUCUCCUCCAAUUGUGUUGGAUCACCUAACGAACAUGAUCUUGAAGAAUCGGCUGCCAAGUUCUCCGGAAAAAGAUCUUGCAGAACUUUUGGGUUUGAUGGCUAGUGAUCAAAAAAGUUCUAUCAAGGAGUUGGGUGCAAAAAUUGGCUUGGCUUUGAGAGAGAAUGCCACAUCUUGGAUCCUAGCUACGGCUUCAGCGAUAUAUUGGAGAAUAGUAGGAAAUACAUUGGAAGCGGUGACUUGCAUAAGAUUGGCCCUGGCUUAUGUUCCACCAGACCGCUUGGACAUCCCUCUAAUCCAUUUGGCAAACCUCCUUAACAGGGUUGGAUUUCACGCAGAUGCCCUUGAUGUCGCUCACUUAGCCCUCAAAACUCAUCAUAGUUUCGUUCUGAAUCACUUCACGGUGGCCAACAUCCACAUUUCAAUGGGAGAAUUUGAAAAAGCAGUUACGUUUUACAGAGCAUGUCUGGCAUUAGAUUCGAACUUCGAACCGGCAAGGGUGAGGCUUCAGGCAGUCCUAUGCACAUUGCUGUUUGAUGAUGCAAACAUGCGGAAGCAAAAUGAUUUAACAGACUGACCAUUAUUUAUUGUAAAAUUAA